AUGGAUACCAGUGAGACUAGUAUUAUUGGAGGAGUACUAGACUUUGAUGAUGCCGUUUUGGAGUCAAUUAGGCUUCAUCUUAUGGAGGACGAGGAUUUCUUCGAGCCUCCUCCGAUGCCUUUCAAUCCUAUUAACGACACCAUACAAGUUUUACAAGUCGAAGAAUCAGAGAAUAACAUCAAUGCCGCAUACAUAACACUUCUUGACACUCCGGUGGUCGAUUGCCACGAUACCGUGCCCCAAGAAGUUGAAGCGUCGGAGAAUAACAAUGUUGAUACUAUUUGUGAGGCUCCAGUGGAUCAGGUUCACUCGCCGGAGCCAAAUGUGGAGGCGCGUGAGCCUCAACCACUACCAAAGCUGAAGAAAUAUAAAGGUGUGAGGAGGAGGCCGUGGGGGACCUACGCGGCCGAGAUUAGAGCGCCUAAGAAGAAGGGCGCAAGAGUUUGGCUCGGGACGUACGAGACGCCUGAGGAUGCGGCUUUGGCUUACGACCGAGCCGCCUUUAAAAUUCGAGGCUCCAAGGCUAAGCUUAACUUUCCACAUUUAAUCGGCUCUAAUGAUUAUGAGCCUGUAAGGGUGACAAAUAAGCGUAAAUCGCCCGAGCCUUUGCCGGAGCCAUCUACGUCGUCUCCUUUGCCGGAGCCAUCUACGUCGUCUUCUUCGUUGGAUGUUGAUUGUCGACGGACGCCUAGGCGGAGAUUGAAUGAGAUAGCCACCGCUGCUCCAGCCAUAUUGGAGAAGCUAAAACAAAUCUUAAAUCCAUUAAAAAAGUAG